AUAUUUUUUGGGGAUUUGAAAUUUUUUGGGGUUUCCAUUUAUAAAAAUUUUGUUCAAAAGAAAGUUUUCACUCGGCGAUAUCAUAGGAUUAGGAGGGUUUGAGGGACAGUGGGAUUAAGAGGUUAUUGUGCGGAUUGAGCUAUUUAAUCCCUCCUUGAUUUUUUUAUUUCCCUAAUGAUAAAUUAAUUGUCUUAAGAGUCUUGAAAAUUUUUUUGAGAUUUUUUCGUAUGACUCUUCAGUCGCUACUUCAAACCUUAACUAAAAAUAAAAUUAUUUUAAAAUAAAAUUUUUUUAUUUCCAGCACUGUAUCAUAUAAAAUUGCCAAACUUUCCAAAAAAUCUUGAGUUAAUGGCUAUUGCUCGUUAUUUAUUCAAGCUACUUUUUAAUUGUGCUUUUGAACAUUUUGAAAUUGAUAUGUUUUUAAUUAAUUCACAAAUGAUUCAAUUACUUUUUGAUGAAGCAACAACAAAUUUUCCUUUACAAAUACAUUCUCAAAAGACAGAACUAGAUUAUAUUUGGAAUACUGAUUCCUCAAACUUUAUUUGGAAACAUUUGUUUUCUAAUCAAUUAAAAUUUGAUAGGUUUGCCUGCUUUGGGAAAGAAAACAUGGCUGUUUUAUUGAAAAUUUUGACACAAGGAGGAAAUAAAAUUUUAAGCCUUACUUUGGAUAAAAUUCACACUAACCUCUACAAUUUGAUUAUAAAGGUUUGGACAUUUUUUUAA